UUUUAUAACUCUCCCAUUAGAAAACAUAAACAAUAGUUGUUUUCUAAAGAAAUUUUAGGCAUUUAAUUGGAAAAUUAUUCGAAAAAAAUGUUAAAAAAUUGUUUUUUACCAGUAAAUUAUAAUAAACCACAAACGCAAACCUGUGGAGAGAUAAUUUGUGAAAAUCUACAAGAAUUUAUAAUUAAUUGUAAAUUGUGUAAAAUCAAAAUAUUUGAGUUUGAAGAAUUUGUGCAACAUUUUAAGAAUGUCCACUUGGACAAGACGUUAAUAAAUGAAAGCACAACAGAACAGAAAAUAGAAAAUAAACUGCACGAAGACCAGGAGGAAAAUUAUGAGCGGGUGAUUAAAUUAGAAAUAUCCGAGGCUCAUGAGCCAUUGAAAAAUGAUGAAAAGUUUACAGCAAACAUCGAAAAUGAAGAAUUCUUAUGGGAGGCGGACAAUAGUAACUAUACGGAUGAUGACAAGGAUGAGGAUUAUAAUACGGAAGAUGACGGAGACCCGGAGGAAGAUGAGGAACAAAGUAAAAGUAUAAUGAGAAAGCCGCGUAAACCUAAAGAAUUUUCCUGUGAAAUUUGCAAUAAAAAGUAUGCCGACUCUAGACGCUUACAGCUGCAUGUGAAAAUUGUUCAUUUACGCGAAAAACCUUACAAAUGCUCUAUGUGUGAUCAGGCUUUUGCCGAGGAACGUACGCUUAAGAAUCAUGUGGGUCAUAAGCAUACCGGUUAUGAGUGUCCCGAAUGCCACAAGAAUUUUUCGACAAAUCGCAAUUUGAAACGACACAUGCUAAUACAUGUUGAUAAAAAAGAAUUCAUUUGCCAAGAGGAUAAUUGUGGAAAGGCGUUUGCCACCAAGGGUCAGCUAAAAGAUCAUCAACGCUAUCAUACUAGUGAAAUGUUUAUUUGCGAGGAAUGUGGUUAUAAGUGCCGGCAACGCGAAUCAUUAAUUGUUCAUAAACGCCAUCAUACGGGAGAGAAGCCAUUUGGCUGUAAGCUUUGUGAUCGUCGUUUUGGUUCGAAACCUUUACUCAAUGAACACAUGGCCACGCACGAAACGGAACGUAAACAUAUUUGUGAUGUUUGUGGUAAGAGUUUUAAUCGACCUAAGGCUUUAUAUCAUCAUAAACAUUUACAUUUGGGCGUUAAGAAGUUUGUUUGUAAAAUCUGUGGGCAGGCCUAUGCUCAGGCUGCUGGUCUAUCGGCCCACAUGCGCAAACAUAGAGAAGAGGGUGGCGCCGCCUCUUUUACCACCGAACCUGCGCUACCACCUAAUAAUACAAAUAUUUUAAAUGUACUUUAUCCUAAGGAAAUUAAAGAGGAAUUACAAACCGAACUUGAAACUACUGAACAAAAUGAACUUGUGACUAAUAAUGAAUGUUCGGAAGAUGAAAACGAUGUGAGUACUGAGGAUGAAUAUGACGAACACUUAGAGCGGCAGACAGAAAUAAGUAUAAUAAAGCCCCACAAACCCAAAGAUUUUGCCUGUGAAAUAUGUAAUAAAAAAUAUACCGACUACCGGGGUUUGCAAAUACAUGUAAAGCUAAUACAUUUACGUGAAAGACCUUUAAAAUGUUCCAUGUGCGAGGAGUCUUUUGCCGAAGAACGUUACCUAAAGAGUCACAUACAACGUAAACAUAUCGGUUUUGAAUGUCAACAAUGUCAUCGUGUUUUUAAAACAAAUCCCACAUUGAAACGUCAUUUGGCAGUACACAUGGAAACUAGAGAGUUCGUUUGCCAGAAAGAAAAUUGUGGCAAAGCUUUUGCCACCCCAACAAGUUUACGGGCACAUCAUCGCGAUCAUGAAAUAUUUAUAUGUGAAGAAUGUGGUUACAAGUGUAAAAGACAUGAAUCCUUGAGGGAACAUAAACGUCAGCAUACUGGAGAGAAGCCGUUUGGCUGUGAAGUAUGUGGACGAAGUUUUAGUUCGAAAAAAUUACUGACCGGACAUAUGAGUUGUCAUGAGACAGUACGUAAACAUGUUUGUGAUGUUUGCGGGAAAAGUUUUAAUCGACAUAAUGCUCUCUAUCAUCACAAACAUUUGCAUUCGGAUGUCAAGAAGUUUGUUUGCAAAAUAUGUGGUCAGGCCUAUGCUCAGGCAGCGGGACUAUCGGCUCAUAUGCGUAAACAUAGAGAAAAUGUCAGUGGGGCUAGUAAAGAUGAUUUAAUGCAAGGAUUUUAUACUUUAGUUGUGGUACAAAAAUGUAAACAAAUCUCCAUCGCAAUUAAUGAAAAAUUAUUUCAAAAAAUGCUGAAAAAUUGUAUUUUAACCGCGCAGUAUAACAAUUUCUCGCCUAAAACUUGUGGAGAAAUAAUAUGUCAAAGUGAAACAGCUUUUAGCAUAAUCUGUAAUUUUUGUCAAAUAAAAAUAUUCGAAUUUCAUGAAUUCGUCCAACAUUUUCGCACUAUACACUGGCCGGAAAUUAAUGGGACACAUAACAAAUACAAAACUCUAUCAGACAAUGAAUAUCCAGUUACGCAGCCUAAAAUUGAAGAUGUUAAACAACUAAAACUAGAAGAAAAGGAGCAGGCAAAUGAUUUUGAUAUUGAGGAGGAGCCGUUGCAAUAUAGUGAAGAUGACUGGAGGACGGAGUUGGAAAUGCAGCAAAGUAUUAGUAAUAGUGGAUUUUCUAAUCAAGGGGAAGACAGUUGCAGUGAUAGGGAGGAAUCCAUAGGAAUAUUAAAGAAGGAAUGUGUGGAGAACGAAAAACCCAACCUGAAGAGAAAAAAACAUGACUAUAAAUGCCCUAUAUGUGCACGUACCUUUAUCAAAAAGUCCACAUAUGAAACACAUAUAAAAGAGCAUAAGAUUAUGCCUUACAAGUGCACUAAAUGCUCACGAUCCUUUGACGAAGAGUCGCAACUUAUGCAGCAUCAACAUUUACACGACGGCUAUGCUUGUGAUAUUUGUCAGAAGGUUUUUAAGAAAAGGAAUAACUUAGUUUCACAUAAAGAAACUCAUGUAGAAACGAAAAAUUUCAAAUGUACUUAUGAGAAUUGUGAAAAAUCGUAUGCUGGUCAAAGGCAACUGCAACGUCAUAUACGUCUGGUGCACAUACGGGGAGCCUGUUUUGUUUGUGAUGUAUGCGGCUCUAGGCAACGUGAUAAAAUAGCUUUAACCGACCAUAUGCGUUCGCAUACCGGUGAAAGGCCAUUUGCCUGCAGUUUAUGUGAUCGACGUUUUAUGACAAAAUCUAGACUGGGCGAACAUAAAGCCUGUCAUGAAACGGAACGUAAGCAUGUGUGCGAAGUUUGCGGUAAAAGUUUCAAUCGUGCCAAGGCUUUGUAUCAUCAUAGACAUUUGCAUUUGGAUAUAAAGAAAUUUGUGUGUAAACUUUGCGGUGCUGCUUAUGCCCAGUGUGCUGGAUUAUCUGCUCAUAUGCGUAAACAUAAAGAGGAACAAAUUUGCGAUGAUACAGAAAUUACAACAAAUAGGACAAAUGAUUUAUUUAACGUAUUAUUUACUGCUAUAAAAUAAAGUUGUUUGUGUUUUUAUAAAUUUGUA